AUGGCAGCCAGCGAGCUGCUUGAAGAGGCGCGGCAGGGUCUGGACGAAGGGCGGCCAGAGGUCUUUCAGAAGGCCUCUGAAGCCUUUGAGCUCUUCCAACGAGGCCAAGAUGAUGCUAGGGCCAAUGAUGCCUUGCGCGUGAUGAUCAGUUUUCAGCAUCACCAAGCCGCGGUGAAAGAGAGGCGGAAACCGGUGGAGGCUCUCCAGCUGGUCGAGGAGCACUUGGCAAGCGCCCGUGCAAGCGGCAAUCGUGCCAGGGAGGCGUGUGUGCUUCUCUCCCUAGCAGAAAUCAACAUGGACCGCCGGGGGCAGAAGAAACGACAAGAGGCACUGGAGGUAUGCUUGCAAGCCUUGCGCAUUUUCCAGGAGUUGCAGGAUCCCCACGAGGCUUUGGCCCAGCUGAUCCUCACGAAUCUCUACUUCAAGCUCGAACGCCCGGACAAGGCUCAACAGGCGGCGGCCAUGGCCGUGGAGCUUGCCGGGCUCACGGCGGAGCCGGUGCUUCGUGCCAAGGCACUCCAUGCGGGUGCGCUGGCACUGGCAGCACAGCACCGCUACGCGGACGCAGCACAGCAGGCGCUGGAGGCACGUGGGAUCUUCCAUGAGGAGGGGAACGUCAAGAUGGAGGCAGCCCAAUUGGUCUCCGUGGCACAGUGGUCCCUGAAGGCAUCCAAGCCCUUCCAGGCGCUCAGCGCAGCGGAAGAGGCACUGAAGAUCUUUCGCGGCCUCCGCUACGGCAAAGGUUGGCAGGUCCGUGCGCUGGGCUUCCUGUGCGAGGCGCUGGUGGAGCUGAAGCAAGCGCCAAAGGCUGCCAAGCUGGCGAAGGAACUCGAAGCUGAGUUUCAGCAGGCCGGGGACUGGAGCUCAGCGGCUGAAGCCGCGGAGUUGCAGAGCUAUGCAUGGGCCAACACGGAGAAGCCUGAGAGGGCCAUGGAGCCCUUGGAGGCGGCGCGUGAGGCAGCGCAGGACCAGAAGGGCUGGGCCGUACGGAUCCUCCAGGGCCAGGCCGUGGCCUUCCUGCACGCGGGCGAGCACGGCGAGGCCCUUCGGAAGCUCCGACGCGCGUGUGCUGCGGCGCAUGCGGAGGGCGACGUGCGGCAGGAGCUGACGACGCUGCGGCAGAUCUUUCGGGUGACCUUCGACCGAGGGGACUUCGAGGCAGCCUUGCAGGCUGCCGAAGAUUCCUGGCAGAUCUGUCAUGCCGCCGGCGAUUCCAAGGGCGAGGUCCGCUCGGCGCUGCGCUGGGCGGCGGCGGCCGCCAACGCGCGGACGCUGGCGGAGGCUGUGGCGAAGGUCAAAGAUGCACAGGAGACGAGCGUCGCGUCGGAGGACCGUGUCGGGGAGGCGCAGGCGUUGAAGCUUUUGUCCGAGCUGCGGAAGUUGGAAGGCGACCUGGAUGCCGCCCUCCAAGCUGCAGAGGAGUGCUUGAGCCUGGUGAGGGCUUGGGGGAUCUUCUGUGGGAGGCGGAGCUCUUGCACAUCUUGGCCCAGCUGA